GCCAGCCAUUUAGGCGGGCCUUUUAAAAAUGUCGUCCAUCUAUUUCCAAAACAAAUUAAAGGAGUGAAAAGUGGAAGGUGUUGGAAAAUGGAAUAAAUUAAAAUGUUUAUUUCAUAAAUUAAUUAGUGAUAUAAACUAAAAAGGGAUACUACAAAAUGGAAUCUAUAGGAUUUUAUAAAUUUUCGGCAAGGGGCCCACGUUACAGCGCAAGUCUGAGCUCUAGAGACGCCGCCCCCCGUCCACACCAGCACCAGUCACACCUGAUAGCAGCCGUUGCUACGAGCUUCCCUUUCCGACAUUUUACUUUUUAUCCUGUCACAAAAGUGCCAUUGUUGUUGAUAACAUUUGGAAGGAAAUGCUUCGAACGGCCAACAAAAAUUAAAUUAAAAAAAUCAUAACCACACGAUGAACGUGGAGGAUGAAAAUUCUCUCUUGCAAGCAAAAGCCAUGCAGGCAAAUGCAAAUGAUGCCUGGAGAAGUUAUACCAUGAUUUGCAGAUUGUGCCUACAAAAAGAUGGAUUUAUGCUGGGAAUAUUUAAUAAUGUUCAAGGAACGGAUAAGAGUAUUUCAAAAAAGAUCGUGGAUUGUAUGGCGUUAUCGGUAUGCCAAGGAGAUGGUCUACCUAAUGUUAUAUGCCAUAGAUGUUUGUACAAAAUUGAAUUUUGCCUAGAAUUUCGCCAGUUGUGCUUUUUAUCUGACGCCACAUUACGUCAAUUAGCUGGUAUUUCAAAGGACCAUCAGGAACAUGGUGGCGGAUCACAAGUACCCCCUAUUGACCAAAUAGUAAAUGGGGAUGAUGAAAAUGUUGUAAUGGUUGUGGAUCCAAAUGCUUUAGAUUAUGAAUCAAAUUAUGAGUCUGAUGAAAAAGCUAUGAGUGACGGUGAAAUCAAUGAGCUAGAGAACAAAAAUGUUUCUAUGUGCAAAUUUUGUGAUUAUGCAUUUACUAAUAAGGAGGAAUGUGACGAACAUGAAGUAACAGCUCAUAAUAUUGAAUGCCCCUAUAAUUGUGUAACGUGUGUGAUGAAUUUUGCUGAUAGACUAGUUUAUUCUGCACAUAUGAAAAAUGUACAUAAAAACGACAAGCCUUAUAAUUGUCCGCAGUGCGAUAGGACAUUCGCUAGGCGAUCUGAUCUUAGAAAACAUACAAUAGUACACACAGGGGUUAAACCAUUCACUUGUACAGUUUGCUUGAAGUCAUUUUCACGAAACACAAAUCUAUCUAAACAUAUGAGGAUACAUUCAGGUACUAAACCUUUUGUGUGUCCAAAAUGUCCUAGAACCUUCACUUCUAAAGCAGAUCUAACUAGGCAUGCUAUCAUACAUACUGGGCAAAGACCUUUUAGAUGUAACUAUUGCCAUCUGUCUUUCGGCCGAAAAGACAAACUCAUUCGUCACGAGAAAAGGCAUUGGCCCCAAGAAAAUUCUGAAGACAAAGCCGAGGAACUGCAACUUAUGAGGGAUGACAUUUAUAAAGCAAGUUCUAUUACUGGUGAAUCUGAAGAUGACCCAGAGAAACAGGGACUACAGUCAGCAGAAGAUAUGGUAAUAGCCUUAGAUCCGUUUGGUCACAAUGAGAGCCUACAACCAGUGACUCUACUGGAAAAUGAAUCUAAAGAAAUGGAGGCAACUGAUAAUGUGGAUAAUAAUUCAAACAAUGAGGCAAAUGAUAGUGUCGGGUAUUCAAACAAUACAUCGUUUACGGAGGAUGAUGAAAAUACUGAUUUGACCCCAGAUUUGACUCCGGAUUUGACUCCGGAUUUGACUCCGGAUUUGACUGAACACCAUAUCGCGGAAGACACUGCAGAGGCCCUAAUUGAUUCCAAAAGUUCAUCAUCCCGAGUUUAUAAAUGUACUUUGUGUACGAAACGAUUUGUUAGUCUUGAUAACUUGAAAUACCACAUGGCCCGGCACACAGGAAUUCGACCAUUUCCAUGUCACGUCUGCAACAAAUCGUUUAUAAGGAAACGAGAGCUGGACCGGCACGUCGUAACUCACACUGGCGUGAAACCGUUUAAGUGUACGAAAUGUACGAAAAGUUUCGGGCGUAAAGAUAAACUGAUCAGGCAUAUGAGAAUACACGACCGCAGAGAUGGAUUUAGCUUUAGAAAAGGACUUACAGAAAAUAAAUAUCGGAAACCUAUCUUUUUGCAGCCAAAACUACAACAACAGCAAGAGUAACAGAAAUGACAUCACCUGAUCGGUCCUUUAUUUGACAAAAUUGUUUUCUGUAAUAUUAAGAAUGUUUUUUUGACUCUUCUUAAUAGUACAUUAUGUAUAUUUGUUUUAAGUACUUGGAAUUUUAGGGUAAUAUGUAUAAUAAUUGAUUGAAAUUUUGCAUGUACAGUUGAAUAAUUGUUUAAACAUAUUGUGGAUCAAACUUUUUAUUAAUAAAGUAUACAUUUUUU